UCAAAAGCACGCAAAGGCAACCACACGUGCGUAUCAAGGCCACAACACUACCGCUUAGUGACAGUGUUGCGCCGUCCACUGCAAAGGAAAGAUUGCAUGCGUGCGUCCCCAUCUGACAAUGGACGAAGGUGCGACCUACCAGGGUGACCAGGAGCUGCAGGUCAGGCAGGGACGCCACGACCUGUGGGCUUCGCUCAGGAAGACGCUGGUCGUCGUCGCGUCCACGUCGGUCGUCCUUUUAGCCCUCAGAAACAGCCUCACGUAUCAUCUUCAACAUUUCUGGGGAGCUUCUGGUGACUUCUGGCAACAUCAGUGGGAUAAAAUCGUGCUUCUCUGCAAUAAUGACCCUUUCAAUAUCCUAGUCUACGGUCCAACCCUCAGUAGCUAUGCCUUGUACUGGACAAGCGGGGCAAUGUUCAUCCUCAUGGACCUCACCGGCAAGCCCUCCUUCUUAAGACGUUACAAGAUCCAGCCGGGAACCAAUGAGCCAGUGGAGAUGACGCCGCUGAUCAAGAGCAGCCUGUGGGUGAGCUUUAACCAGCUGGUCGCCGGCACCGCCUUCUCCUCGGCCUCCUUCUACGUGAUGUGUUUCCGGGGCUACGACGAGUCUCCGCUGCUGCCCACCUUCCAUUGGGUUCUGUUUGAGCUCAUGAUCUGCAUUCUGAUCGAGGAGGUUGGAUUCUACUACACACACAGGCUGUUCCACCACCGCCUGCUGUACAAGCAUUUCCACAAGUGGCACCACGAGUGGCAGAGCCCCGUCUCGGUGACCGCCCUGUACACGCACCCCGUGGAGCACAUCAUCUCCAACAUCGCUCCCAUCAUCCUCGGGCCGAUACUCCUGGGCUCGCACCCGGCCACGGUCUGGCUGUGGUGCGGCCUCGCCAACCUCAGCACCAUCAACGCCCACAGCGGGUACCACCUGCCCUUCUUCCCGUCGCCCGAGGCCCACGACUACCAUCAUCUCAAAUUCAACCAGUGCUACGGCGUGCUGGGCAUCCUGGACCGGCUGCACGGGACGGACGAGAAAUUCCGCAAGUCGAGGCAAUACGCUCGGAACGUGACGAUGUUCUCGCUCUUGCCGCCGAGAGAAGCCUUCCCGGACGCCGUUCCGAAGGGCAAGAGGGCCGGCGGCGAGUGCAGCGAGUCCUACGACGGCGACGGGGGAAGGAGUCAGUAGGAAUCGGUGCAUUUAGGGAGGGGGGAAUUUAGCUAAUCGGGGAAAGUAGUUCGUAUAAUUAAGGGCAUUGAAUUAAGAGAAAGGUACCUGUUUUUAGUGGAUUAGCAUUUCUUUAGUUAUAGGAAAUAAACAGGGCAAGAUUAUCAUUUGGGUAUAGACACAUAACAGAUUGCAAAGAAGGGGCUGAUAGCAGCUUGGCUAAUCACACAGUCGGGAAAUUAAGACAGAAAACCGCACUGCCAGAAGAGCAGGGGUAUUAGCAUUUUUAAAAUGAAAUUCACAAAGUCUUGCAAGUUAUUGAAAUGAUUCAAUUAAUUAAGGAAAAUGUUUGACAUUUCCUGUCCAUAAUGAUUUGGAAUACGGCAUUGUGUGUAAGAUUAGUCAAGAUAACAUAUAUCGACUUAUAUCGCUUAUCAUAUAAAUCACAAUAUUCUGCUUCAUAUACAUUUAAAUAUUAUUAAAACAUAGUUUAAAAGAUAGGAAAAUACUACAGACAAUAAAAAGUUAUUGACCCAAUACGAUAGGAAAGAGCACUCAGUGACACAAAGGGCACUAUACUAUACUUCAAGCACUUCAUGUUCCACCACUGUGAAGUCCCUUUAUUUAUAUAGAUCAUGAUAUAUCCUGUGAAAAGAGAGAGAGAGAAAAAAAAAGAUGUUGAUUUGAUUUUCAUGGACAUCACCAUAGUGACUGAAGGUGCGUGAGUCAGAGCUUAUGUAAUAAAAACGUAAUUAUAAAACAACGACCUCUAACGUAAAUGGACGAAAGGCGUGGUGAAAAGGACAGCAUGAAAUCACUGAGGAGGAUACUGCCCUUUGUUUUUAACCACCCAAAGAGCGUUGACUAACAUUUAUACACCUGUAACCUAUCGCCACCUUAUGGCAUGCUUUUUAAUGGAAGUCAUAAACAGAUAGUUGAAACUAAUUAUAUUAUAUCCAUUCGCUUACUAUGUGUAUGGGACAAGUAGAGUGGUGUGCAUAAAGUCAGUACUGUACGAAAAUUUGGAUUUGUACAUGCGUUAAGGAUCAACAUAUGCUGAACAUGUAUUUGCAAACGAAAUAAAUGUCUGAAGACUUGAAA